AUGCCGGCCCUCAUCCUCAUCAAAGCCGUCUCUCAGCUGUCAUUUGCGACGACUGACGCGAAUCGAACGCCGCAAAAUAAAACUACAAUUACCAGAAUCCUUUCCGCCUUCAUCUGUCGGUUACAAACAAAAAUGGCAUCACACGGAGAGGAUACAGGUGCCGUUCCCGGGGAGCAAGCGGAGAGAAAAACAACCGCAGUGUCGUUUGGUUUUACUAAAACCGUUAAUAAAUUUAAACCUUCUACUGGUGACGCUGUGACCAAGAAAGAUGACAGAGAUUACCUGACUGGAAUCGAUAGAAAUGAACUACAAAGUUCAAAGCCAUCUGAGAAGCCCAAAGAGCUCAUCAUCCCUCUGAUCCAGAAGAACCGCUGGAACAGACUGGACCGAGCGGGACGGAGCGAGGAGAGUGGAGGCAAAACACAAGAAACGACCCAGGAUAAUGACUCUGUGGAGUCUCAGGCUGUCAAGGAACUCAUCGAAGAGUCACGGAAGCAGCUUGACCUCUAUGAGAAUGGCCCCCAGUCACAGAGAAACCUAAACCUCAGCAUCCCCUUGUUGAUGCAAAACAAAGUGCCAGAGGGCUUUGAGGAUGGGGACCACAUUAAGGUGGAUCUACGGCCUGAAUCUUCAACAGAGGCAGAUUAUGAGAGUGUUCCUGUUGAGGCUUAUGGACUCGCUAUGCUGAAGGGGAUGGGGUGGAAAAAAGAAGAAGGCAUUGGACGCACCUUUAAACAAGAUGUGAAGCCAAUCGAACACCAGCUGCGUCCAAAAGGUUUGGGUCUUGGCGCAGAUCGUUCAGCAAUAAAGGACCUGGAGCCCACAAAACAUAAGCGCCCCCCCAAGCCAGGCGAGGAGCGAGAGAAGGAGGAGGAACUUGUGAUGGGGCCUGGGGGUUGUGUGCUGGUAGAGUCAGGGGCACAUAAAGACCUGUAUGGCAAGAUUGAAGGCAUUGAUCCAGACAACGCUCGAGUUGUGGUGAAGCUGGCUAUUGGCAGCAAGACUGUGACAAUCAGCCAGUAUGCCAUUAAACUGGUUGGACGCAAGGAAUACGACAAAUACAGCAAAGACCUCAGUCGCCUCAGUAAAGCUCACAAAGACAAAGAGAGGGAGAAAGAGAAGGAGAAACAGCGAGAGAAGGAGCAACAGCGACAGGAGGAGAAAGAGAGGCGAAGUAAUAGUGACGGGGUAAAACACAAGUCUUCAGAACGAGAUGGAGGAAAAGACGAGAGGAAGAGGAAACACAGAGACUCAAGUCAAGACAGAGAGAAACCUCCAGUGAAAGAAGCGAGGCGGCCUCCCACUCCCCCCUCCUGGCUCCAGAGAGACCUGAAAGUUCGCUUUAUAGACAAAGCUUUCAAAGGGGGCAGGUACUACAACUCAAAGAUGUGUGUGGAGGAUGUCCUGACACCAACAACCUGUGUGUGUCGAACUGAAGAGGGAAGACUGUUAGACGAUGUGAAGCAGGACAUGCUGGAAACCAUUGUCCCGAAAAGCGAAUAUGAUUCUAUAAUGGUUGUACUGGGUGAAUACAGGGGUCAGGUCGGCCGUAUUCUCCAGCGGGACAAGAACAAGUGCAGAGCGAUGGUUCAGCUCGACAGAUACGAGGAGAAAGUGUUCACACUAGACUAUGACUCUAUUUGUCACUAUGUAGGAGCAGCAGACCGUUGAUCUACAUACUUCUGAUUUUUAUUCAAAUAUUACCAGUCCUUUUUCAUCCCAUCUGAUCCUAAAUGUUGAUUUUUUUUGUAAUAUUGAGAAAAUAAUGGAUUUUUUAAAAAGAUUUUAAUGCAUUGCAAUUUUGUAAUAAAACAUUGUCAAGAAAAGUU